GCUGGUGAACCUUUUACAUUGCUAGGCCGAAAGGUCGCACUUUAGAACAAGUCCAAAUGUUCUAAUACUCCUAUAAAACUCUAUAUCAAGAAGAGUUGCAGAAUCUCCAAAUCAAUUUCUUUUGGCUCUGCAAAGCAUUAUGAUCAUCAAUUUCGGUCAUGAUGAGGUAACUGCUAAUGAUGCGGCUACAAGGAACAUACUGAUUCAGUUCUGGGAAGCAAGCACCGAGGCUAUUGAAGGGGGUCGAAGAUACUGUGAGCUUACCAUACCGGAAAAUUCAUUUGAAAUUCUUCCAUAUGAAGUCGGAGGCCUAUCAUUGUACCGGAUGCACUCCAUUUCUUGUACUCAUAGAAUACAACUUGAUGAUGAAGAAGAUGACUACAUAAUACAGAGUAAGCAGCAAGAGGGAGUAAUUAGUCGCGUAUUCAGGUAUAAAAGGCCUGAGAUGACUCCUCACAUAUCUUUUUACUCUUUACAUGAAUACCCACAUAGAGAGUUUGCUAUAAGUUGUGGGAUUCAGCCUUCUUUGUGUUUCCCUCUAUUUAAAACUGCUGAUUGUUCUGGCCACCCCCGGGGUGUUGUUGAACUUGUCUCCACUUGUGAGCAAGAUCUUGAAAACUUCAAGCAGUAUUUUGAGUCAUGCUUCUUUGUACAGAAAAUGAGGAUGUAUACAUCAAGAGACUAUAUAUUAUUCAACUUUUUAAGAAAAAAUGACCUAAAUCCUGCACUCUGGCAAAUGGACCAUGUCUUGACACUGGUGUGUCAAAAAUUCCCUUUGCGUCUUGCUCAAUUCUGGGUCCUGACCAACCCUAACUCAGGAGCCCUCAGCGUAAUGUCUCAGAAAAGUAAUCUAGAUUCCGAAGAGUUAGCACCCUUGUGUAGGUUCAAAGAUGCUUGUUUGCAGACGCACUUGAACAUAGGUGAAGGCCUUGUUGGCAAAACAUGUCUAUUCCGUAAAUCCUUUUCUUGCAGGAAUAUAACAGAAUUCAACAUUACUAACUACCCCUUGGCACACUAUGCACGAAGCUGUGUAUCAAUUGCUUGUUUUACAAUAUUCUUGCGUAGCUUUUUCCCACCAUUUGAAGAAUGUGUACUAGAGUUCUUUCUGCCUUCUCAAGAACUGUCUAAUUAUUACCCUCAAACCAUGUCGAACACUCUAUUGACAACAGUGAAGGAGCAUCUUCCAUAUUAUACAUUUGAUUUAGGAGAAGAAUUGGGACAAGUGCCAACAUUAGAAGUUAUCAACUCUUCUUCAACCAGGGAAAUAUUUAAACAAACACACAAGAAUGCCGUUGCAGUAAUCAAUUUAGAUGAAUUGGAAGAAUCACCUGUUAAGCGAAUAGAACCUCAGUCUCUCACUCCUAAACCUAAUAGGUCUAAAGAAAUUAUUGAUGAGGCAAACACUAUGGAGAUCAAUCAUUUCAGCCUGGAGAUUACUCUGGAAGAGGCUAUAAGGAACAGAGAAUACACUGUGGCUGCUAGAAGAGUAGAUGAACUGCUCGAAGACGUUGGACAUGAUAAGACAACUGCAGCUGGUUCUAGUUCACAAACUAGGAUAUCACUACCUCAUCAAGAAGUCGAAGUAGAAAAAGUGACAGUCGAUACUUCAGUUCAGAAACUGAUCCUGUCAGAAGAUUUUUCCCGAAUAAAGAACAAAGGGAUUAUUGUGGGAGCAGAAAAUGUUGAUAGACCAAUCCAAUUUGUGAGCAAAACAAGCUUACAGGAUGAAUUAGAAACAGAGAAACAAGCAGAAAAGAAAUUCAGUUAUGAGAGUCUUAGUCAGCAUCUUGGAAGGCCACUAGACGAUGUAGCAAAGAGAUUUGGGAUUAGUCGAUCUACAUUUAAACGCAAAUGUAGAGAUCUUGGUAUCAAAAGAUGGCAAUAUGGAAGGAGAAGUACGGAUGACAAUAUUUCCUCCAAGCUCAGAGAAAGAUUGAAUGCUAAGGAACCGAGUAGAAGAAACUUUACUUGUUCAGGCAUUUCUUCCAUGCAGGAUAAAUGCCUGAACAAGGUUGCUACUGCGGAUAAAAGGCAAGACCCGAAGAAGAUGAUUGUAGAGGCAACAUACUACGAUGCUACCAUAAGAUUUGAACUACCUGGUUUUACAAUUGCAGAAUUAGAAGAUGAUAUCAACGAGAGGCUGCACUUGGAGAGAGAAAGUUUCGUCAUGAAGUAUCAAGAUGAUGAGGGUGACUGGAUAUCAAUUGCCUGCGACGAAGACUUGCAGGAAUGCGUGGAAAUAUCAAAAUCAUCAAACAAUACAACAAUUAAGAUGUCGCUGGAUCCGCGUGUUAAUCCCCAGGCACAGUGAAUACAGAUGUCACCUUGCUCCUAACACUAAAGAACUCAUGGUUCUCUGUCUCCGUAUGUCAGUACUGUAAUUUCAAUCCUGUCUUUGUUGUAAUUUAGCCUACAUGAACGUGAAGAUGCAUUAGCGUUUAUCCAUAAA